UAUUAAAUAAGAACCAAAGAAGAAAGAGGAGGAUAGUUAUUAGUAACUGAGAAAUCAUCACAUGAGGGAGUAAUUAAUAGGGUUGAAUUAAGGCUCUAAAAGAGACGCCGAAUUAGAUUACAAUCUCUCGUUGCGGAUCUUAUCUUCAUCUACUUCUUUACUCAUGUUUCCUCUUAUAUAAUGACAAUUUCGUAGCGUACUAAUUAACUAAACUUGAGAUCAAAAGAAGAACAAGAAACUCUAAUGGCAGGUAAGGAAUAUGAGAAGACUUUAGAGGAGACCUCUACGUGGGCAGUCGCUGUGGUCUGCUUCGUCUUAAUAGUCAUUUCGCUUGUUAUUGAACAUUUGAUUCACAAAUUUGGAACCUGGCUCAAAAAGAAGCACAAGGGGAAUCUUUAUGAAGCUCUUGAAAAAGUUAAAGCUGAGCUUAUGCUGUUGGGAUUCAUAUCACUACUCUUAACAGUAGCACAAACACCAAUCUCAAGUUUCUGCAUUCCAAAAAGCGUUGCAUCAUCAAUGCGUCCUUGCAGCGCUGCGGAAAUAGCUAAAAAAGAAGCGGAAAUGGCUAAAAAAGAAGCCGAUAAACAAAAAUCCACUGGAAAACUUCUCCUUGAGUUAGCUGAAUCUUACAUCCCUAGAAGAAGUUUAGCCACCAAAGGUUACAACGAAUGCCCAAAGGGGAAAGUGCCUUUUGUAUCUGCUUACGGAAUCCACCAGCUGCAUAUAUUCAUUUUCGUGCUCGCAUUGGUUCAUGUUAUCUACUGCAUUGUUACUUAUGCUUUGGGAAAGACCAAGAUGAGGAAGUGGGAGAAGUGGGAGGACGAGACGAAGACAAUAGAAUAUCAAUAUUCCAACGACCCUGAGAGGUUCAGGUUUGCGAGAGACACAACUUUCGGACGAAGACAUCUCAAUGCCUGGAGCAAGACUAGUGUUACGCUCUGGACUGUUUGUUUUUUCAGACAGUUCUUUGGAUCUGUCACCAAAGUUGAUUACUUGACUUUGCGGCAUGGUUUCAUCACGGCGCGAUUUGCUCCUGGGAGCGGGAGCGAAAAAAUGCCAUAUGAUUUCUGCAACUAUAUUCAGAGAUCAUUAGAAAAAGACUUCAAAACCGUUGUCGAGAUCAGUCCCGUCAUCUGGUUUGUAACUGUGCUAUUCCUAUUGACCAACUUAGAUGGACUACAUUCUUACCUCUGGUUACCAUUCAUUCCUCUGAUAGUGGUUCUAAUAGUUGGAACAAAGCUUCAAGUGAUUAUAACCAAACUGGGUUUAAGAAUCCAAGACAAAGGCGAUGUGGUAAGAGGUGCCCCUCUGGUUCAGCCUGGUGAUGAUCUCUUCUGGUUUGACCAACCUGGCUACAUACUUUUCCUUAUCCAUUUGGUUCUUUUCACGAAUGCAUUUCAACUUGCUUUCUUUGCAUGGAGUUCUUAUGAAUUCGGUCUCAGUAAUUGUUUCCACAAAAAACCUCAAGAUAUAGCCAUAAGAAUUGUACUUGGGCUUGUUGUACAGAUACUUUGCAGCUAUGUGACUCUUCCACUCUAUGCUCUUGUCACUCAGAUGGGUACUAAGAUGAAGCCAACGGUAUUCAACGGAAGAGUAUCCAAGAUGCUAAAGAAGUGGCAUCACAAAGCACAGGAGGAGACACAACACGGAAGACGCUCUGAAUCAAACACACCUCACCCUAGCUGUCCAACUACACCAACUCAUGGCUCAUCUCCUAUCCAUCUUCUUCACAAUUUCAACCACAGAAGCGUUGAAAGUUAUCCUAAUCCUCCUUCUCCCAAUCAUCAUGACCACUAUCAGUUUUAUGAUCCUGAGUCUCAACAUAAAGCAGCUGAAUCUUCCACACAUCAUUCUACUGCACAUGAAAGUGCAUCCGUGGAACUUCCUCCUAAACGACCAGCAAACGCUUAAAGAGACGGAGAUUCUUGAUUUACACAUUUUCAUGUCCUGCAAUUGAUAUAUUGCCAUAAGCACUUUUACACUACUACAUGUAUCAUGUAUCAGACCUUAACCAUCUAUAAAGAUGGAUAAUGUAUUCUGGCCACCCUUAUAAUAAGGGUUCCUAAAAUUUAAACAUACAUUUUGAUUCUAA